UAUGCUUGUCGGUUAGGGUUAAAAAAAUACAAGGAUUCCUUGUAAUUUAAUCAGAUUUUUUGUUGAUUUAAAAACUGCCUGCCCCAGCUUGAAUCUUCUCUUUAAAUCUGAUUACAUAAUUGAUAGCCAAAUCAGAGCUAUAACUCCCCUUUUAUCUGAUUAUCAGCUGAUAGGAGAUGUCCAUUGUGCCCAUACACACAUGAACAUGUACUGUACAAUGUCAUAUAGAUGACUGGGACAAACAGAGUGGCCUCCCCAUGACACACUUUGUAGUUUCGUAUCCUCUGUGCAGCAUGUGCACCCUUGUCGUGGAACGACCAUUUUCCUCGUAGCUUGUUUGUGAAGUUACUGAGUGUGUCUCUCAUCACCGGUGCGAUUUGUCUUGUUGCUGGCGUGAGUAUGUAGCUUUUGAGUGGAAACAAGUCGGGAUGUCAGCAUAGGCCUGAUUUGAUAGUUGUCCAGCUGAUGAAGAUUGUCUGGCUACAUGUAAUCUCUUCUGUGACUGUUUGUCGCAACCACACUCUUUUUGCAUUGCAAUAUACGUGCACAGGUAUCACAGCUGUAAUAACGUCGGCUAUCAGUCAUUUUACAAAAAUGUACGUGGAACAGUGCAACCAGGUACCAUGUGUAGUAAUUGUGGUGUCAAGUUCUGUGUCAUUGCGUCGGUCGUAGCCUUACCUCCCAAAUCCUUGAACAUGUUUAAAUUUCACUGAGAGGUUUUGAGGAGUUAUCUGCAUGAGAAAGUUUUUACAGCCCCACUGUUGAAGUGAGGGCUUGAUACCAUUGGAAAGUUAAAGGUGCCACGGCUCACCCAUGGUUUCCAGCGCAGUGGUAGAUUUUGAAGACUUCAGGAGAUCCAGAUAUGAAGUGCAUGUAUUGUCGGUAUACAUGUAGUUGUGUUCACACUUGAUACACUUGGAAUGAAGUGACUACUUUCAUUUUUUAAGUCUGUGUGGAUUCUUGGUCACCAUUCUUUCCUGCUGCUGCAUGUAAUCAGCCAGCCCAUCCACUUUAUUUACCUGAACCUCAAACUAAGGCUUUCAGGUUCAGUAGAUAAUCUGAUGUCUUCUGUAGAACAUGUACAUGUAGAAAGGGAUUAGUUGCUAGGAAUAGUCUUAAAACAUGUAAUUAAACACUUGCAGUCAAGGUGCAUGUAACCUUCGACCCCCCAAGUGUACCGGUAUGUGUCUUGAAGUGUGACUGUGACGCUGCCAAAAUUAUUGCGAUCUUGAUGCUACAUAAUAUGCCUUUGUACAAACUUUGCCUAAUUGUAUCUUUUAUGGUGUUCUUUUCAUUGUUGCUGUCCAGUAGCACGGUCUCUUGGGGAUGGAAGUCACACACCCUGACCUCUUCCCUUCCUCCCACCCCAAUGUCCCCCUCCUUCGGCACCACCAGCUUCUUCACAAGGGUCUGCCUUGCUGACUGUGUCGCCUGUAGGUUCCCCCUGGCCCAGGUGGCCUGCAUGGAGACCCGCGUCUGCACCCGUCUGUCCACCCUGCUGGUCGUGCUGGUCUGUGGGACAUUGCUGCUCUGGGCCUUCCAGGAGCAGAUCAAAGACCUCCUUCCCUGGCUACUUGGGACCGACCCAUACCUGGGCGUGGUCGCCUUCUUCAUUCUCUUCGUCUUAGUGGCGCUGCCGUCCUCCAUCCCUGGCUACCUCCUCCUGAACAUCGCCGCCGGGUACCGUUACGGGCUGGUGCUGGGGACGCUAGUGGUCGCAGCCUGUGCCCUCGGGGGUGCCUACUGCGCUUUUAUGUUCUGCCGGCUGGCCUGCACAGCAUACUUUCUCGCCAAGUUGCAGAAUGACUACCUGCAGGCUAUCGUACACGUGGUGGAAGGGGAGCACUCAUUCAGAGUGAUAGCCCUGACGCGGCUGACACCAAUUCCGUUUGGACUUCAGAAUGGUGUAUUCAGUAUGGCCAAUGUGUCUGUGUCAACAUUUGUCAUGGCAACAGCUGUGGGGCUAUUCCCCAACCAGCUCCUCAGCUCCUAUAUAGGAUCUACGUUACGCUCCGUCCAAGAUAUCACCAAUCAACAGUGGAACAGUAGCCCAGCCGUUGUUGCACAGGUGUGUCUAAGCGUGUCACUGUCAUUUUACGUGAUCAUCAAGGCCCAGCGACAUCUACACAGGGCGAUCCAUGACCACAAGGUCAACCAAAUGGAGGAGAGUAGUGUGGUCCAUGCCACACCACAGUUGCUCCCUGGACAUCCCAGUGCCACCUGCGGGUCAGAGGGCAAAUGUCACCAACCCCUGAGCAACGGGGCCAUACAGCUGUCAGUUUCCGUCAAGGACGAAACUGUAAAAAUGACAGCAGGAUCAGUCUACGGCAGCGAUGGGAAUUCCAAUGAGGUGUGGAACAUGUGAUGCAAGGGAAACGUAGCUGGGAUUCUGUUUAAAUCAAAUCAUCACCUGUCCUCAGAGUUGAUUGAUCCAGCCUUCAGCCAGGUAGAUUUUACUCAUGCAGAAUGGGUAACCCUGCAUCAGUAAGCAGUCAGGUAUUCAGCUAGUUAGAUUUAGGCUGUGACCACAAAUUAUGGCUGUGGCUGGGAAAUAGCACAUAUCCCAACAGAAGCCACUUGGUAGUAGCUGUAGCUACUUCCCAUAGAUUGUGUUUCUCGCAGCCAUAGCCAGUUGAUUUGGACACAGUCUUCUUCAUGGCAAGUCUUAUAUUUAAACUAUGCGUUCAUACUAUUGUUAUGUUCUUACAUGCCUCUUUGUAUUUUGAUAUCUGUGACAAAUAUUGUGGAAAAUACUUAUUUUGGAAGGCCCUUAAUGAAAAUAAUGGACAACUUGAAGUUUGAUCACUUGCUGCCAGGCGACCCAUUUUCGAGCACAUAGGCUUUAUACACGAAGCCGGGGAGCCCGAAACCAGGACAAAAGAGCUGGGCCUUGUAACA